GAUUGAUGGAAUUAGCUGCAUAAUAAUGUGAUGCACUCUCACGGUACAGUAUGAGUGGACUCUAGUAUUUCGUCCUCCUUCGUCCCUUAGGCAACCAGCUUGGACAAAGUUACUAGAUUCGCGGUUAUUUGGACAUUUCAAGCAUGUGACUCAUAGUAUACUAGAGUUCGCCGUACAAAGGUGGGAAUGCUCUGUAUAGACGCUUUCAGUAUGUCCUCGAUACUUUUUAGAACUUUGUUUUAUACACAAGACCUACUUUUUAACAACUACAUAAACCGCCACCACAGGAUUUAACCAGCAUCGAGUCAUCUCAAUCCUGCACCUCACAGAAACACUAUCUCAAAUGCACUUGUACAUGUCACCUUAAAGCAUAACAUGACCUGCUUCAGAAUUACCCGUGGUCCACAAGACCAACAAUUACCGCUCGCUGUUGGUGUCAAGAGCGGUACCGUUAAGGUUUUGGACAGUCGAGGCAGUAAUAACACCCCCAAACAAUAUCACAAUACCAAAAGCUAAUCUCAACAGAAAUCUGGUCCGUUUCAAACUAUCUGGUCUGCGAAGAUGGCACCAGUAAUACAGCCAAUUCAAGUAAGUUAUUUGCACUUGCAGAACAAAAUGCACAUAGGUCGACUAACUUAUUAAUAGGGGGACAACUAUACGAAGAAUACCUCGAGUGCUUCCGAGACAGAAUAAAUAUGUUCAGUAGGUAGAACUCAGAAGCUAGUUUGGAUGCUCAAAAGCUGACACGAACAUAGACAUGAACAGAGUUGGAGACGAUGAAAAAGUUUCCUGGGCCCAUUAUCUCGAACUAAUCUGGCUUCAUGGUGCUUGUCAGACCGUCCGUCAAUAUCGACCCGAGCUCUACCCAAUGUUUGAUUCCCGAGAAAAUGAGUAUUACCCUAAAUUUAAUCCGGAAGUCGAUUCAGUCGAAGCGACUAGCAUGUUUCGACCACGCACACUUGCCUUUGGAGAACAAGCAUUUAUCACGGCAAAAUAUCCAUGGACGCUGCUGAUUGCGCGGGCCGAGGAUACUAAUACUAUGACUGGGUGGUGUCCUGCUUUUCCUCUACGAGAGAUCCACACUCAAACUCAACAGUGGCAGGGUCUGCCGAUUCAUGUUGCCAGUAUUCGUGAAAGUGUCGAGCCCAAUAUUGCGCAGCAACAACAGUUAUAUGCGGCUUCUCCAACCUAUUCAAUUUCCGAAAUGUAUGUUUUUGGACCAUCCAAUCCAGUUUAUCAAACAAUAGAAGGUAGUCAACACACCGAUACUACAUCCGCCGACAGCACCAUCCCCGCAACGCAAAAGCCCCAUCAAACUUCGGAAGAGGAGGGCAUUUCAGAUACCCAAUCUGUCACUACAUUACCUCACCAAAAGAAUGCCAGCAUUCCAAUCGAACCCAAAUCUCCCGUCCCGGAACACCUCAGCUGCGCCGUCCAAAUAAGAGUAAACAGCCUCGCCCAACCCCAAGAAAUCCUCAACACAAUCCGCACCGGCGCAAUCUACUCCCUCAACCGCGUCUCCACCUCAAACCACACCUCCGUCAUAAACAUAACAUUCAUGACUCACUCCAGCGCCCAAAACUACAUCACCACAACCCACAACAACAAAAAGCUACUCAUCCGCAAUAAACGCGUAGCACCAUGCGAAAAUAAAAACGUCUCAAGAGUACUCAAGAUCACGAGACCAGCGAGGGGAUUUAAUUUGAGGAAAUUUAUUCAUUAUGCUAGGUCGUUUUGUGGGGUUGAUUAUGUGAAUCAGUGGGAUAGGGUUGUAGUGGGGGAUUGUGAGGUGGUGGUUGAGUUUGCGAGUUUUGAGGGCCAGGCGGCGGUGGUUUGGGAGGGGGUGCGCGCGGAUCCUGGGUUGAGGGGGUUUGGGGUGGAGUUUUUAAGGGACCUUGUGAUGUGGAUGUGGAUGUGGAUGUGGAUGUGGAUGAAGGCGGUUGAGGGUGGGUUUGGUGGUGAUGGUUUGGUGCGGGAAUGAGUGGGAAUUUGGUUUGAGAUACCUGGCUUAUUGUGAUUGUAUUUGCAACUUUCGGGAAGAAUGUCUUUGUAUAAUUUAUACUUGAAAAGAUGUGA